AUGGCUAGCACUCGUGACUCCCACUCCUAUGCAUGUGAUGAAUGCCGUCUACGAAAAUCCAGGUGCUCCAAGGAGAAGCCGACUUGCCUGCAAUGCAAGCAACUAGGCAAAGAAUGCAAAUAUAGCCCAAAAAUAACAAGAAGCCCUCUGACACGACAGCAUUUAACCUAUGUGGAAGACCGCUUGCAAGCGUUUGAAUCAGCAUUAGGGCGACUGUUUCCAGGAGGUGAUUUGGAUGCUACAGUCCGCUCUCUAUUACACGAUCAAGAGCCGCUCCCCAGGGCAGGCUCGUCAUCCAAAUCCUCAUCCAGACACUCUACUCCGGCAAAGACUGAAGCAGAUCGUCAUGAACCGGCGCCAGAGGCCUUACCUCAGCAGGCCGAUGGGUUUGACUGGGCAGAGAACAGAAUUACACUUGGGGACCUAACAGAUGGAAUGGCCGCUUUAUCGAUUAAGCCAGAGGGCGCCGGUUAUUUUGGGGCAUCUUCAAGCGUUGUCCCGCUAAGGGCAUUGCUCAAACAUGGUUUUGAUCUCAACAUACCAACCGGAUCAUCAAAAGCUGCGGACAAUUCAGACAGGAUUCCUUUAAAAUCCCAGCUUUUGAAUGUCGCACCAUCUGGUGUUGUGGAACAGGCGUUCAUGGAUGCUUUUUUCCUCAAUUAUCAUAUGAGUUAUCCAUUCGUUCAUGAAGCCACUUUUAGGGCGCAGUUCUACGAACAGCUUCCCCGACCUCAUGGACCUGCAUGGCAAAUCUUGCUAAACACAAUCCUCGCCCUAGGGGCUUGGUGUAUUGGCGACGAUAACUCUGACCUAGACAUCACAUUUUACCAAGAAGCCAGAAGCAGGUUACAACAGAUGUCUGUGUUUGAGGCUGGGAACCUGACGCUCGUUCAGGCUUUGUUAUUCUUGAGUAAUUAUGCGCAGAAAAGAAACAAGCCAAACACGGGCUGGAAUUUUUUGGGUCUAGCUGUCCGAAUGUCUAUGAGUCUGGGGUUGCAUAAAGAGUUCCACGGCUGGAAGAUCAGCCUCUCACAACGUGAAAUCCGCAGAAGACUAUGGUGGGGUGUCUACAUAUUCGAUAGCGGUGCCGCAAAGACAUUUGGUCGUCCUAUUCUUCUCCCAGAGGACAGCGUUAUGGAUGUGAAGCAUGUUCUCAAUAUUCACGACGAAGCCCUCACAACAGCAACCACAUCUUUACCUCACGAAGUCAACGAACCAACACUAUACACAGGAAUGAUUGCGCAGGCUAAAUUCCAUAUGCUAACAAAUAGUGUCUACCAACGCCUCAUUUCGGGGCCGAAUCCCACUCCAGAGGAGACUUUGAACCUCCAGAAACCGAUGGACGAAUGGUAUGAUGGACUACCAGACUAUAUUAAACAGCCAGAUCUUAGCUCCAUCUCAGACAAUUUUGCUCUUGUCCGCAGUCGAUUACUGUGGCGAGAUUGGAACUUAAGAAUCCUCAUUUAUCGCCCGAUCCUUCUAAGAUGGGCUUCUAGGAGGUGGACGCCAAAUACGCCCACUGAACCCGAAGAUCCUUCUGAAGCCGAGUGCAGGGCGCUCUGCUUCCGCAAUGCUAGGUUGACCAUAUCCUCGAUUACCGAUUUUGUGAACAACCAUCCCUGCACGCGGCUUGGUGCUUGGUACAUGCUAUACUUCCUUUUCCAAGCCGGUUUGAUCCCAAUCAUCCUCUUGAUGACAGAUCCGACCAGUGCCGAAGCACCAAGCUGGCUCCAGGAGAUCGAAUCAACGAAGGCCCUCCUCAUGUUCCCCUCGUUAAGCAACAAUAACCUUGCUGGUCGCUGUUUAGAAGUGAUUAAUCGACUUUGUGCCCCAGUAUAUUCGUCAAACCCUGCCAGCCCUGGCGGAUCGGCCACUCUCCAGCCACAACAGCCACAUCCAAUCUACAUGCCCUUCGCCGACCAACUUUUCAACGAUCCCACCUUUGGAAGCAUAUUUCCCGAUGUUAAUCAAGACCUGCACGUUAACGCAGGAAUGGACUUUUCCGAAUGGGUGAAUUUUGCGCCAACGCCACAUAACGAAUUCACCUGA